AUGACCUGGAACAACAAAAUAUUGGAGGCCAACAAGGGUCUCCAAAAAGAGAUCAUGGAGGCAGACCAAUCCUCUCCCAGAAAAAACCUCCGAGCUAACAUGGCCGUUCUCCAAGCCAUACCUAUGCUCACAGACGCGAUACAGUCAGAUGGCUCUUUACUGGAAUGGAUGACACCCCAAGGAGGCGCAGAUAACUCCUUCUCCGACGACAGCGUUUCAGAUGAACCUACUAUCGCCGAAUCUGUUGCCCGACAGUUGGACGAGUGGGACACAGACGGUAUCUUCCGUACUAAAACCAGCCGGUACACCUCAUGGCUUACGUUGGGGCUCUCGCAAUCGAUCCCUGCGACUCCAACGGACGUGUAUAUGAAUUGCUCCCCGCAAUCCUACAACCGGAUGGCACGUAUAUUCUGGGGUCACAUGCUCUUCGACCUUAUCGCGUACCAUGCCGGCUUUCGCAAGAACCAACCUCACUCUGUCCCCGUCAAGAAGCCCGAACUCAACAAGCUGCUGCAGAGGGAGGGUGUGAAACCGCUCUUCACUUUCUUGACCAGUUGGAUAGCGCGGCUUGACGAAAUGUUCCCCCAGAACAGUGACACCGCCCCCAGCACAUGCUACGCACCAUCUAAACAGGUUCAAAAUGCCUCGUGGUUCAGCACUCAACAUUCGCCAGUCACGAAGCCGACAGAACCGUAUAACUCCGUCCGCCCCGCCAAUGCUGACGGCGCCACUGGGACGUCCCAUCAUGCCUUGAUUGUGCAUACGCCUGCCCCCAUCUUCGAAUUUUUUGACCCAGAGGCGCAUACUAUAACCCAAUCAAUCCUCAAGAUCUCCCCUCACGGAUCGUUGGCCUCACGCGCAUCUCGCGACACCCACAUCCUGCACGACAUCUGGAAGAGAGACAAGAGCCUUAUGAUCCCCAAUGCACUGAACAACAUCUCUCUCGCAGCAACGGCUCUGUCGCUCUUGCUUCAUGGAGAUCUGGAUAGUGAACAGUCUGCAUCCGCCGUGAAAGAGGCUCUGGCUAAACGGUACGAACUCAUUCGGGACGAUCCAGAUCAAAAAUGGGAUCCUCAGACGUUCCUCGACAACCGCGGUCCCGACAUGAUCCUCCAGACUUUGCUGGUCGCCCUGCACGUCUCGCCUCUGCUACUGCUGGGCCCAGCCGCCUGUACAACUAACAAUCGUGCGAGCUGGCUGGUCCUGUUCUCUCUCAGGGUUGUGUUGGGCAACCCGUGGAAGCCACCGCUGGUCCAAUUCAUGGAGGACGCUGUGUGGCGCGCGGUUCUCAUGGUCUAUCUGGGGGGACGUGUAGACGAUGCUUUCGCCGAACUUCACGCGACAUGGUGCUCGGCUUGGCUGCGGCACAAUCACCCUCGCGACAUCGACGCGAGCACUUGGUUCAAAGACUUCAACAUCCCCGUAACAUCUGAGAGCGAAGAGGUCGAGGACCGCCAGAAAGGCAAACAACAGGGUGAUCGCCCAGACGGCUCUCCGCUUGAAGACGGACCAGACGAGGCGGAGGAAGACACGGUGCCACCUUCUCACGACCCGGAGUUCGUUGGCUGGUUGGAACGCGUGAAUUCCGGAUUUGAAAUGCGUCAGGCCGGAGAUCCAGAUGCUGACAAGCGGCUGUAUGAGAUUUUUAAAGGCAUGCAAUCUGUUAAGCAGGAGGCCGCAGACGACAUUCAACCAAAGAAAAAUGUCCCUCAGGCAGUUCCGACUUCGCCUACACCCCCGAAUGCAACGAUGUCCAGAGCACCCCCAUCCGAAACGAUCGCCACCCACAACCCACCAACCGACUCGGCGGAAAAACAGGGCACGACCACCAAUUCCCUUCCAUUUAAGAGUUCCCCCAAGAAGCCUGACGCCAUGUCUUCUGCAUCGGUGCCACCCGCCACAUCUGGUACUGGUGUCGUGGAGUCCAAACUGCCAGCCCCCGCUCCCUCUGCAUCUGCACGCAUUCCGUCAGGCCCGAUCUCCUCUGCUCCCGCUUCCAUCCCGUCUGCUUCCUCGGCCCACAUCCCUUCUUCCCCUUCCGUCCUUGCUUCCCGUUCGCCCAACAAGCCUUGUGCCAUUUCUUCUACCGCGGUGGCACCCACCACAUCCGGUCCUAACGUCACGGGGUUGAAUUUGCCUGCUCCCGCGCCCUCGGCAUCUGCCCCUUGUUUGCCUGUCUCCUCUACCUCUACCGUUGCCACUUCCUCUAGCCGCAACAAUCCUUCAGACGCCGUAUCGGCUUCUAAUCCUGCUGGUGCCAUAUCUUCUCUUCCGUCUUCCAUCACGCGUCCUUCCUCGGGCGACAAUCUCUCCUCCACCGUGCCCGUUUCGAGUUCGCUGAAGAAUUCUCACGGUCUUUCCGCUGCCUCGGUGCCACCCGCCGGCAAUUCCUCUCUCCCUCAGUCCCAGCCACUCGCCAAGGUCUGCUGGAUUUGCGAGCAGGCUCCAUCACAUCCGCCAAACGAAUGCCCGAUUGUUCAGGAGGGUGCAGACGCCAUCAACUUCAGAAUGGUGGAAUACCAGGGCCGCGAAUAUUAUCCAGAUCGUGUGACGCGUCUGGCUGCUAUAUUGAAAGAGGCCCGCGAGAAAGAGGCUACAGGGAGGUCCGCUCCGAAUGCGCCCAUCGUGUCGAACCCAUGCGCUGAAACUCAAACCCAACAUCUGGUCGCUGAUGGUCAGGAUCUCGAUGGAGACGUGGUCAUGCAAGAUGCCCCCGUGCCAGUUGGGCCUCCCACGAACGUGCCACCCCCAGGGAUCACUAGCGACCUGAACCAACAUCCUAACAUCCAACCAAAUAAUCCCCCGGAGCCGCGUAUCAGUGCGACGGUGCACCCCUCGGUGCCCAUGUCCCAUCCCGCUCCCGUUAUCGAUGACGAAGCGUAUUCUCUAACCUUCAGGGGAGAACCCUACCCACUCCCGUCGGGUAGCCCGAAACUUUACAUAGGGCCUACCUCUGGUGUACUGCCUAUCUUUCACGAGCACUCGGUGGUGCAGAAAUUGUUCGACAUUAAGAACAUAUUGUUGGGGUCGCUCCACCAAAAAUAUCGGGGCUUGGAUGCCCAGCAGGCAGUGGAUGAUAUUGUCGCGGACGCCAUGUUCCAACAACUCGAAGAGAUUGUGUUCGAUGAUGACUAUUCGAGUCGGGCCCUGGCGUGGGCUCUUUGGUACACGGGGAUCGUUCACCUCAUGCGCUAUCUCGUGUGCACCAUGAAGCGUGAAGAAGAUUCAACUCGGCGCCAAUUAUGCCGUCGAGCCGCCCAGCUGCAUAGGCGAUUCGAUUUGGAGUUGAAGUCCGCCGCCAGGGCUUCAAAACUCGACACGGACCCCUCUGACCCCUUGCUGGACUGCGUGACACACGCAGCAGAAGAACAGCUUUGGAUCGGAUUUCGGCCUUUCCCAGUGGCGGAGCAUGUGAGAGAAACGGAACACAGCCGGCGCAUGGAUGCUCAGAUUGCGCAAUGGAUCUCGCUUUCCCCGGAAAUGCGGCCUGCGCAGCCUGCCACUUCCUCGGUCGCGGUCUCCAAUACGGCGCUCCCAGCUCAAAGUUCAAAGGCGAGCGGAGAAGGAUACAGUAAUCGUGUUGUGGAACUAGACAUUGGAGGAGACUCAGGUUUCUCCUCGCAUCAGCAUGCAGAGACACCUGAAGCUGGUGUCACGGUACAAGGCGCGCCAACAGCGGCUUCCUCCACAUCUCAAGGCGCGAGUGUAAAUCCACUUGGUGCUUCUGAGGCGCCCCCCAAUGCUGCCGGAGUGGUGCCCAAGACUGCAGACCAGGAGAAGGCUCAGGCAGGAACAGAUCAUGCUCGUCCGGGCCAGCUCCAAACUGGAGGGGGAAAAGAUGGUACGCUAGGUCCGCAUUUGGAUGUCCCAAGAGCCUCCGCAGACAGAGUCGGCGAGCGCGUUACCUCGAGUCCACAGCACGCCGUUCACACAGGAUCCGACUGUGUUCCCUACGACCGCCAUAUGUCGGUGCCCCUAGACCUGCAAGUAUCCGUGGAUCGUCGUCGGACAGAUUGGAUCCCUGUCAACCUUAAGGCUAUGACAGCUCGUUCUUACCCACCUUGGCACCCAGCUUCACGGGUUGACCCAACUGUUCUAGGCGUACAAUCGGACCUAGAGCGUGACACCGAUCGCAUACGCGCCACCUCCGUGCCCAUGGACCUGGAAGCAUCACUACGUAUCCCUCAGCUCACUUGGCUCGCAAACCAUGUAUCCGUGGCUCCAGCGGAUACAACUGGGGCGAUCCUCGAUGAUAUGCGCGGUGAAGAGCGGGACGCAGAACCUGACAUCGACAAAGAACCACGCUACCCCAGCCGCAACGUCGCCCGCCCCAAUUACCGAGAGAUAACGGGUGGCACUGCAGGACAUGCAACUUCGGCGAAGCGCGCACGCAAGGGCGCUACUUCUGGGACAGCAGAGCAAGGCGAACACGAGUUCAGUCCGGAUCCCAGGCCUUGGCCGAGCAAACGGAUACGGCUAACUCGUGAGCCAAGCGAAGACGAGGAAGACUUCAUUCCGCCACCCGAACCUGGACCGUACUAUUACAAAAGGUUCCGCGUCGACAAGGUCACAGACGGCGAGCUGAUCGAGUUCAUUCCCCAUCCUUCUUGCGCACGCAUGGAGGUGUACAUUUGGAAGCAACUAUGGGACUCACUGAACCAUCCAGUGACGGGGAGCAUUGUGGACUGGGACCACAGCGGUGUACCGAAGCCGUUGCACCUUCAUCCAUACUCUCGCAGAAACUCGACCGAAUAUGACCCCUCGGAGCCAUUACAAUCCUGCAUAUUCGUGACUCCAUGGUCUGAAUAUCUCCAAUUACCAUGUGAGGAGAUUCAGGCCGUCUUCAGCCAGCGACACAUCCUCGUCUACGAGGUCCCUCACAGUCACGUUUGGGAUUGGUCGUUAUUCUGCAUCGAUCGCGUGAACUCUAUCCUUGCGUGGUUGCAAAUCCAGAGCAUGGAAAACAGAGAUCGACAGGGACGGCUGCGUAGACAAACACACACCUGGUACAGCUCCAAGACCGUCUAUGAGACCGUCCCUCCCAAGCGGAAGGAGGACACGCACAAAGAAGCGAACGGCUUGAGCCUGAAUGCCCUGAGUUGUUUGAAACCCAGGACGAUGCUAGAACACCCGCCACGCUUUUUGGACCUCGCUAACGACCGGACCGCUAUGGAGGCAUACGACUCCGUUUACGAGAGAAUGCCCACAGAAGUACCUAACGGCCAUCUCUCCUGGGCGAUAAUGAGCAGUCCCAACGUGGUCUCUCGUGUCCACGUUGAUACAACAGGUCUGGCUACCGUCUCUUUGCCUCUCACCGGAGAAAAGUGGUGGGCCGUGGCGCACCCACGUCCCGAGUUUGCUGAGGAGCUUUCGGAGACGCGGACGGGUCUCUUCCGUGACUUCAAAGAAUACCACAUCGACGAACGGUACAGAUGGGAGGCAGUCUCUUUGGGCAAAUUCACUGCUUUCGCGGUUGGCCUGACAUCGUUAUUUCCGAGCUUCAUGAGGCCGUGCACGCCACACUACGUACUAACCAGUGAGGAGUCGAUCGUCUCCGGCGCCCACUUCUACGCCUCUGCAACAUUGAAGGCCAGUUGUUGUGGUGCCGUUCACGCGUUAUUGGCGGACAACAUGAUCACCAACACGUCGCACCCAGAGCUUCUGCCUCAGCUGGCCAGUUUCAAUUUUUGGUUCAAUCUAUUGCAGUAUCAAUUGCCUCGACAUCCUGCUCGCGUAUUUUUACACCCCGAUCGUGGCGUGCGGCAUCUCCUUGGCUGUAUCGCGGUCUUUUGGCGAACCCUGGAUUACCGGUCAUAUUUCCAGUCAGCCCGACGCGACAACGAUGGGGGUGAAAAGGAGACCGACGGUGACGAAAACGAAGCAACACCGGCCUUGCGCGAGAACUGGAAAGAUGAGUUCGCCUUCGGCGCCGAUCACAAGCACUCUAUGAGGGCAUUUGGACGGGCCUUCGCACGGUACAUCCUGUUUGCAUCUGCAGAUGCCACCCCCGUCAUUCGCGACCGUUCGCGUCACAGUAAGCCUCCACGGAUUGGAAGUCUGGAGACGGAGGCCGUUGUCAACGAACUCGGGUGGCUCCCGUACCGCGUACGUUUUCCUAUCGCACAACUCUGUCAUUUCGCUCUGGCCGUCAUGGCUGAGCGGGUUCGGCUCGACAAAAAGGUUCACGGAGAAAUCCCGGUCCACUGCCUGCGAUACUGGUUGGUGGAAGACAUUCGCGAUUUUCUGGGAGAUUAUGUUGCACUUCUGGUCCAGUUAUGGUUGUCCCAGAUCGAAGAAGCAGUGGCCUACGGUGAAGACGUGUUCUCCGACCUGUUGCAGAAGGAUGUCGAGUGGGAACCAUUACCCAAGUACGACUACAGGGGCUUUUGGUAUACGGCGCAGACGUCCCACGCAAGCCACCCACAGAAGCUCCCCGGCCCCUGCGUAUUGCAAACCGUCACCCACAAGUUUCAAUGGACAAAAUGGGUCAAGGUCAGAGAAAAGAACGACGGCUUGGACGAUGAUCCUCUAUCGGAUGGAGAGGCGACCGAGGACGAGAUGCAGCAGGAGAAAGAGUUGAGGGAUCGCGCGAGGAAGGCGAAGAGGAAAAAUGCCAAGAAGCGGACCCAGGAGGAGAAACAGGCGGUGAAAGAGGCUGAGGAACAGCAGGCGAGGCGGGAUGAGAAACAGCGUUUGAGGUCGGAGCACGACGCUGAUGGCGAGACCGUCAUCUUUAAUGACGACGAGAUGGAACAAGUGGAGAGGCCGGACGUUGGGGAAGGUAUGGUGCGCUCCGAUGGGAAACGGGCGGGAGACGAUUACCUUCCGGAUUCGGACCCGCCUUCUGAUGACGAUGAGAUGAUGGGUACAUUUAGCGGAGGUCACGAUGGUGUGAGGGGCACAGAUGACGACGACGAGCGAGGUGUGGGGGAAGAGGACAAGGAAAUGAGGAGCGGCGGCGAGGGUGAAGAGGAGGAUGCUGAGGGAGAGGAUGACGAGGAAAUGAUGAGCAGAAAUGGGGGUGGUGCUGAGGGAGAUGAUGACGAGGAGAUGAUGAGCGGAAAUGGGGGUGGUGCUGAGGGAGAGGAUCAUGAGGAGAUGAUGCCCGGAAAUGGGGGGGACGUAGACAUGGACGCACGCGACACGUCCCACGCAAGCCACCCACAGAAGCUCCCCGGCCCCUGCGUAUUGCAAACCGUCACCCACAAGUUUCAAUGGACAAAAUGGGUCAAGGUCAGAGAAAAGAACGACGGCUUGGACGAUGAUCCUCUAUCGGAUGGAGAGGCGACCGAGGACGAGAUGCAGCAGGAGAAAGAGUUGAGGGAUCGCGCGAGGAAGGCGAAGAGGAAAAAUGCCAAGAAGCGGACCCAGGAGGAGAAACAGGCGGUGAAAGAGGCUGAGGAACAGCAGGCGAGGCGGGAUGAGAAACAGCGUUUGAGGUCGGAGCACGGCGCUGAUGGCGAGACCGUCAUCUUUAAUGACGACGAGAUGGAACAAGUGGAGAGGCCGGACGUUGGGGAAGGUAUGGUGCGCUCCGAUGGGAAACGGGCGGGAGACGAUUACCUUCCGGAUUCGGACCCGCCUUCUGAUGACGAUGAGAUGAUGGGUACAUUUAGCGGAGGUCACGAUGGUGUGAGGGGCACAGAUGACGACGACGAGCGAGGUGUGGGGGAAGAGGACAAGGAAAUGAGGAGCGGCGGCGAGGGUGAAGAGGAGGAUGCUGAGGGAGAGGAUGACGAGGAAAUGAUGAGCAGAAAUGGGGGUGGUGCUGAGGGAGAUGAUGACGAGGAGAUGAUGAGCGGAAAUGGGGGUGGUGCUGAGGGAGAGGAUCAUGAGGAGAUGAUGCCCGGAAAUGGGGGGGACGUAGACAUGGACGCACGCGACGUUGAAGAGUACGAGGAAUCGGAGGAGUUUGAAGAAGAGGACGACGAUAAGGACGAGGAUUACGUCGAGUGA